AAAUUUUAAAAUUCAAUUUACUUACACAAUGCUUUGUUUUCUGGAUCACUAAAAGACGUUAAGCAAACACGGUCUUAUGUAAAACAUAAAAUUAUGCCGGACGAAAACUCGACAAGAAUUAAACUUAUUCUCUUAGGCAAUUCAGGAGUGGGAAAGUCGAGUCUAAUCCGCCAAUUUGUUGAUGACCAGUUUCUUGUGAAUGAGGUGGCGACAAUUGGUUUCGACUUUAGACCAUAUCAAAUGGUUGUGGAUGGUGAGACUGUACAGUUUAAUAUAUGGGAUACAGCUGGUGCAGAACGCUACAGUGGUUAUCUAACUCCUUCGUUUUAUCGUCACGCCAAUGGUGCCCUUUACGUAUAUGACGUUACUUCUAUGCAAAGUCUAUCUGGAGUAAAGUAUUGGGCAGAACAAACAGAACAGUUCUGUGGUGGUCGGCUUUUAAAAAUGCUUGUUGGGAAUAAAAUUGAUUUGGAUGGCCGAGUAGUUUCUAAAAAGGAAGGUUCAGAUUUCGCCCGACAAUUGGGAUCACUUUUUGUGGAGACUAGCGCGAAAACAAGUGAGAACGUUCGUGAUGCAUUCGUAGAGCUUGUUCGAAAAGUGAGUUUUGCAACUAUUACAGAGUAUUCAAGACUGAUUAGGUUUACCAGCCAACUUAUUAUUUGGUUAAUGAGCAAGGUUUUUCACUCGGUUUCACUGUAAUCGCAACUUACUAUGUAUUCAGGU